AUGGCAGUCUCUUGCGAUAAUGCCAGUCUCUCAUUAAGGAAGAAGUUCAAGGAAGCAUCAGGAGUAUUCCUUGCCGACCUAGACGCUAGAGUUGAAGACAAACCCAGACCCGAGCCAGAAGGGAACUUAGAGAAAUUCAAGGUCGGCGACACAGAGGAGAAGUUCACCUUCGUGAACAGAAACCUCCCACACGACCUGAAAGAACCCCUAAUGGAAAUGAUCAGGGCUAAUGGCGACUUGUUUGCUUGGACGCCAGCCGACAUGCCGGGGAUAGACCCCCAACUCAUGUCACACCACUUGGCCGUCAAGGCGGAGGCCAAACCGGUGGCUCAGAGGAGAAGGAAGAUGUCACAAGAAAGAGCAGAGGAGGUGGCCAGGCAGACGGCCAGCUUCCUUGAAGCGGGAUUUAUACGGGAGCUCGACUACUUGACCUGGCUGUCGAAUGUAGUUCUAGUGAGAAAGCACAAUGGAAAAUGGAGGAUGGUAAUGCCGUUCGGACUGAAGAAUGCAGGGGCCACCUACCAACGGUUGAUGAAUAAGAUAUUCAGCGACCUCAUAGGGGAAACGGUGGAAGUAUACGUCAAUGACAUCUUAGUAAAAACCACCCGACCUAACGACCACAUAGGAGACCUGGAAAACGUAUUCGCCUCCCUCCGACAACACGGCAUGAGGCUCAACCCACUUAAAUGUGCCUUCGCCAUGGAAGCAGGAAAGUUCUUGGGGUUCAUGAUAACCCAAAGAGGGGUAGAGACCAAUCCAGAAAAAUGUGAAGCGAUACUCCAGAUGAAGAGCCCGGGAUGCAUUAAAGACGUCUAA